ACGAAUCGGUAACACAGUUGCAUUCUUUGCUGCAGACAUGGUUUGCGAUUAUAAAAUGUAACACUUGCCUAAAACCAAACUGAAGACGUGUACAGCAGGUUACUGCAUUCAUUCUGCAUUUGCUAUAAGCACGAGUGAACACUGAAUGCAUCCAUGGAGCACUUUAGUCUGUUGUGGUGCUUACCAUCGGGACUCCUUAUCCUCAUUGUUUCUGCCAGAUACUGUGUCGGACUGGACAAUGAAUCCAGUCCCAAACCCAAUUUCGUCCUCAUGAUGGUGGACGACUUGGGUAUUGGAGACAUUGGUUGCUAUGGAAAUGACACAAUCAGGACCCCAAACAUUGACAAACUGGCUCUUGAUGGAGUGAAACUGAGCCAGCACAUUGCUGCCGCUCCUCUGUGUACCCCUAGCAGAGCUGCGUUUAUGACAGGCCGAUACGCCCUGCGGUCAGGGCUUGGGGCUGUCGGAAGAGUACAGGUGAUUCUUUUUUUGGGUGGCUCUGGAGGACUCCCUCCUAGUGAGACAACGUUUGCCAAGCUCCUGCAGAGAGAGGGCUACACGACUGCUAUUGUUGGAAAAUGGCAUUUGGGGCUGAAUUGUGAAAGCAGGAAUGACCACUGCCAUCAUCCCAACAACCACGGUUUUAACUAUUUCUACGGGCUUCCUUUCACUCUUUUUAAUGACUGCAAGCUUGGAGAGGGCUCAGAUGUGUUAGCUGACAUACAACUGAAGCUGUGGAAUCUUACUGUCCUGCUUGGUCUAGGCCUGCUUACUCUAGUCUGUGUGCACGCUGCUGGCCUGUUGGAAGUUAGUAGAAUGCUGAUGGUUCUCGUCGCUCUUCUCUGGCUCCUGGCUUUUGGGGUGUGGUAUGUGCCAUUUCGCCUCCACACCUGGAACUGUAUCCUUAUGAGAAAUCAGGAAGUAGUAGAGCAGCCCAUGAACCUCGAAACACUCACAGAGCGCCUCGUCAAUGAAGCUGAGCACUUUGUUGAGAGAAACCAGCACAAGCCUUUCAUGCUGUUCCUUUCACUGGCACAUGUGCAUACUCCACUCUUCACAUCCAAAGGCUUUGCUGGAAAAAGCAAACAUGGCAUCUAUGGAGACAAUGUUGAAGAGGUGGACUGGGUGAUAGGCCGGAUGGUGAAUGCCAUUGACAGGCUCAACCUCUCCAACAGGACCCUAAUCUACUUCACUUCAGACCAUGGCGGAUUCAUAGAGGACUCGGAUGCACAUGGACAGAAAGGUGGCUGGAAUGGAAUCUACAGAGGAGGAAAAGCUAUGGGGGGUUGGGAGGGGGGAAUCCGUGUCCCCGGAAUAUUCCGCUGGCCUGGUAGACUGGCUGCAGGAAAGGUGAUAGAUGAGCCCACCAGUCUCAUGGAUGUCUACCCCACACUGGUGAACCUUGCCGGAGGACAGCUGCCAAAGGACAGAGUGUUGGAUGGCCAUGACCUGAUGCCACUGAUGGAGGGCAGAACGGAGAGGUCCGAACACGAGUUCAUGUUCCACUACUGUGGCAUGUACCUCAAUGCUGUCCGCUGGCAUCCCCCUGGCAGUGAUGCCAUUUUCAAGGUGCAUUUCUUCACUCCCAACUUUUCCCCGCCUGGAGCAGGCGGUUGCUAUGAGAUUGGGAUCUGCAUGUGCCACAAAGAGUUUGUCACCUACCUCGACCCUCCGCUGCUGUUCAACCUGGCCACGGACCCGUCCGAGAGCACUCCUCUCUCCUCGGAGACCGAGCCUCGCUACGCUGAGGUGCUGCAGAGGGUCAGCCAUGCUGUGGAGGAGCACCUCCAGACACUGCAGCCCAUGCCCAACCAGUUGUCGUGGGAGAACGUCCUGUGGCGGCCCUGGCUUCAGCCCUGCUGCGGAACCUUCCCCUUCUGCUCCUGCUCGGAGGCCAACGGCACAGUACCAUCUGCAGCAUGACCACAGCACAGUAAACACAGAGGUUUGCGGUCACAGGCUUCUGGCCAUCGGGUUCAUCUCCACAACAAAACACAGAAUGGGUAAAAGUGUUCAUGAUGGGGGCAAUGUUUACCCAUGCAUGCAGGUGUAGUCCUUGAUAUUUGUAAAUGCUAAGCCAGAACUGUGAAUUUACUGUGAAUUCGGUUAAAUUCUUCUCACAUUCCUUCAGCUGUCUGUCCAGUGUGUGUUUAAAUGGAACAAAAACCAAGUGGCCAAGUCAUACACUACUCCGGCUUAGUUGCUUCAGAAGCAUGGAAGGGAGGGAUAGCAAUUGAUUGGUUUCUGAGCUCAAACACUAAUAACCUUUCCCCAGAAUCAGUGACUGUAUCUCUAAUAAUUUCUGAUCCCAAAUAUGGUGGGAAAUGGAUAUCAUCAUGCUUUAUAGGGAUUUUAUCAGGGAAUUCAAACUUAAACUAAAAGUGUUUGUUUAUCAAUGACAUUCUCUUUGUCUGCUUAUAUUGAACAACUUAAAGGAUAAUUCAGGUAUUUAGCACUUUGAGUCCCUUUUCUGGUUUGUUUGGGAUGAACUGGUGGUCACCAAAAUUUUGACGAUGGGUCCUGUCUCAACAUCUGACUCGUUUUGAAUCACCUUUGACUACUUCAGAGUGGCUGCCUUUAAAUACAAAGCUAAUCUAUAAUGCAAGUGCACUUUCAGAUCUAUCAAAAUUGCCUCCAAAAGAGUUAUUCUGAUUCCCUUCAGUUGGAAGAGGAACAUGACUGAAAGUAGGAUUGAAUAGGUUGUACAGCUGACCAGGAGGAGGCAGUAUAUCCCAGGUCAGUGGAAACACUUCUGCAUACUGCACUCCAGUCCUUCGUUUGUGUUCUUUAAUUGUGUCAACAUCUUGUAAGGGAGUAUGCUGUGAAUUUUAUUUUUUUCUUUACAUCUAAAGAGGGAAUAUAUUAAUAAAGGAAGUGAAAACUCCAUCUUAAAUAUUAUUCAUGAACUGUUGAAGAAGAGAAACCUUUAAAAUGUGAAGGCUGGUAUUAUGACUAUUACAGUAUUAUGCCAAACUUGCAGAGUUUAGGUGUCAAAACCAAAAGGGAACGCAUAACCAUGCCCUUGCUCAUGGGAACAAAAUCUUUUUCUUUUCUUUUUUUUGCUUUGUUAUUGCAACUUACCAGUUCUUUGUGCCUUUGGACACCUUGUGUUAUGUAUUCAUUAAAAUAAUUUUAUCAAA